GUCGCUAUCACACACAAAAAUCCAAGAUGGCUGAGAACAUGAGGCGGUCGGUGUCGAAUUUGAUGAGAGGAAUUGACAGAUACAAUCCUGAAAACCUUGGCACAUUGGAACGAUAUGUGGAAUUACAGUCAAAGGAAAAUGCAUAUGACCUUGAGGCCAACCUAGCUGUCCUAAAAUUGUACCAGUUUAACCCAAUGUACUUCCAGUUGAAUGUCAGUGCACAGAUUUUACUGAAAGCCCUGACAAACCUGCCACAUACAGACUUUGUACUUUGUAAAUGUCUUAUAGAUGAUGUACAUCAAGGCGAGGAUCAGAUUAUGAAAGUGCUCUAUCUACAUGAUUUACUGGAAACUUGUCAAUUCAGGAAGUUUUGGGUGAGUGUGCCACAAUAUACUGUUCUCAUGGGAAUUGUAGGAUUUGAAGAGUCUAUCAGAAAAUACAUUUGUCACGUAGUCGGCAUCACCUACCAGCACAUCGAUAAAUCUGUAUUGUCAGAAUUGUUGGGUGAUGCUUCAGAUGACGAGAUAAAAAUGUGGAUGAAUAAGUACGGCUGGACGCCCAAAGAUGGUGAAAAGAUAUUUAUAGCUAAUCAAGAAGAAAAUGUGAAACCUAAGAAUAUUACGGAGAAAAUAGAUUUUGAAAGUGUCGCUGGUAUCUUAGCAACAUCAGCCCAAUGAAGAAGUAUGCAUCACUGUAGAUAUCACGCCGACUAGAACAUAUUAUUUAUGGAAUGCAAAGAAAAUUCACAGAAAAUGCUAGAAUCUUUGUCAUUUUUAUUAGUCUCAAUAUCUGAACCAAUAUGGAAAUAAAGAUGUGUACUUAAAAUU